UUUUCGCCCAAGGGUGCGAACGUGGGCGUGUGUGAGUCGCGCUGGUGACGUCACGGCCGGCGUCCCCGCCAUCUUGGCUGUGGGUAGAGAGGCGGAAACUUCGGAGGUUCGGCGAGGUUACGGCUGUCUGGAUGCAGAGGCUCUGCGGGCGUGGGCUCUUGCUGAGCCUGGCGGUGGCGGCGGCGGCGGUAAUGGCAGCGCGGCUAAUGGGCUGGUGGCGUCCGCGCGCUAGCUUCCGCCUUUUCAUACCGGAGGAGCUGGCUCGCUACCGGGGCGGCCCGGGAGACCCGGGCCUCUAUCUGGCGUUGCUCGGCCGCGUCUACGAUGUGUCUUCUGGCCGGAGGCACUACGAGCCUGGGGCCCACUAUAGCGGCUUCGCAGGCCGGGACGCCUCCAGAGCAUUUGUGACCGGAGACUACUCUGAAGCAGGCCUCGUGGAUGACGUCUCUGACUUGUCCUUCUCCGAGAUGCUCACGCUGCAAAACUGGCUCUCGUUCUAUGAGAAGAAUUAUGUAUUUGUUGGAAGGGUGAUAGGACGCUUCUACAGUGAGGAUGGGCAGCCCACCCCAGAGCUGACUCACGUAGAAGCCAUGAUCACCAAAGGCUUGGAGGCCAAUAAACAGGAGUGGAAGGAGAAGCAGAAGUUCCCGCCAUGCAACACCGAGUGGAGUGCGGCCAGGGGCAGCCGGUUCUGGUGUUCCCAACACAGUGGAGGGGUGAGCAGAGACUGGAUUGGUGUCCCCAGGAAGCUGUAUAAGCCAGGGGCCAAGGAGCCCCACUGCGUGUGUGUGAGAACCACCGGCCCCCCCAGUGAGGAGAUGCUGGACAACCCCACCCACAGAAAUCGUGGGGACCUGGACCACCCUGGCCUGCAGGAGUACCCAGGCUGCCCACCUCUGGCCAUCACGUGCUUCUUCCCACUCUGAGUUGGCGCCCUCUGAUAAAACAUGGAGAACCCUGCCUAGAGAUGCCCUGGGCGUGGCUCCUGGCGUGGAACAGGAGGCCCUGGGAGGACUGGUCACUCUGCAGACAUACUCGGCCUCCUCCCCGCGGUGUGCCUUUCUGCUGAGUGGCGCAGGAGCUGGGCAGCGGGACUGGGCGCCUCCUGGAUGCGCUCCCCUGGGGCCACUUGCCAUCUUCCUUCAGAACCCCGCCAAGAUGGCCACGUUGGAUAACUGACCAUCACGGGAGAUCUGUGCUGCCUUCCCAUAGGCUGCCUGCCCCUGCUGCUGGCCUGGGCCCUGCCAGGCGAGAGGGGGUCACAUUCUUCCCCAGCCAGCGAGCAGAAACACAGGUGUCCCCCAAAGCCUUGAGGCCGCAGGGCACCCUGGCUGGAUUCCCCGCUGGCUACACCUGUGACUCCAGCUCUUAUGACCUUUCUCAUAAGGAAGACCACGCUAAGGCAACGUGAAUAAAUCACCAGAAGUCCACUGGGUGGACAGGCCCUCCAGCGAGGGCUGCUGACACGGGCAGGCUCAUGGUGGACGUGGAGCGCCUGAACGACGAUGUCCAGCAAGGAUGCUGCCCCUCGUUCAGACCCUUAUCAGAUGGGCUUGUCUUCAAAGGGAGAAGUCUGCGUUUUGAGCCAGAGGUGGUUCUGCGGCUCACACGAGGUAAAUGGAGAGCAGCACGUCAGGUGUGGAACCAGACGGUUCCCACUUCCGGUGGCUGGGCUGGAGGCGCGGGACGUGUCUCCUACCCACCCCUCUGGAGUUCUCAAGUAGAGGGGUGGAGGGCUAUCCCUUUAUUUACUUAUUUAAAAUGAAGGGAAUUCCUAUUUUUGCCCCUCAGUUUAUUUAUUUGAAAGGCAUACAGAAAGCUGAGAUCCUCCAUCUGCUGGUUCACUCCCCAGAUGGCCACAAUGGCCAGAGCUGGACCAGGCUGAACCCAGGAGCCAGGAACUCUACUAGGGUCUCUCAUGUGGGAGGCAGGGGCCCAAGCAUGUGGGCCAUCUCUGCUUUCCCACGUGCAUUACCAGGGUGCUGGAUCAGAAGUGGAGCAGCCAGCACUCACGGGGUGCCAGCAGUGCAGACAGCAGCUUAACCCACUGUGCCACAAUGCGGACUGUGUUCAGCUGUCGCCUAAGCCUUCAUCGCUGCCCCUCUUCUGUCUUUAAGUAUCCCUUAUGCUUCCUCCACCCUCUUCGUCAGUAUCACCAACAGCUUUCCAGAUGCACUGGCCAGUCCCUCCACUGGUGGCUGGGCGCCCCUGGCCCAUGCUGUUCUUACACCUGGUUCCGGCUCAUGGCUGCUUCUGCCACCCCAGGGCCUUCCUCACCUCUAACCUCUCCCUGCUCAUUCCUCCCACUUCAUAGAUAAAAUGUUCCCCCUUAACACCCCUAGUUCUUCGUAGCUGCCCUGUGUACCUCCUACCACAGAUGGCCCUCAAACACUUGGGCCGCCCUCCCCUGCCUUUCUCAGGCCACCAGCAUGGAGCUGGAUCAGGAAGUUGAGCAGCCAAGACAUGACCCACUCUGUCACGGUGCCAGCCCCCACCGGCUUAGCCUCCCCCAUCUCUGCGGUUCAGCCUCCCUGCCAAUAGCGGGACACGUCCUGCCCUGGCAGCUCCUGUGGUUGCUUCGAUUCUCCCCUCCAUCUCUUGUACGGGACCCCGUUUACCACGAGGUCCUCCCUAAAAGCUCCCCUUGGGCUGGUCCUCAUCUCCCUUCUCUGGCCAUUCCUUUUCGGCCUUCCUGAAGCUCUGCCCGCCACACACUCCUCCUGUUGGCUUUUCCCUCCUUCCUCAGCACCUGGCCUGCCCACCUGCUACUCCAGGCAGCUCUCCAAGGCGGUCCUGGCCUUCCGUCUUCAUCUUCCCCUCCAGCGGGCCUCCCACUUCUCCACCGGUGGCACCACUGUCCGCAGUGCACCACCGAGCAGGCAAUCCCAUGUCCCCGGCAGCCAAGUCCAGGCCACCCCACCUCCGGGUUCCCUCCUUUCCGUCCCCUCUGUCAGCAGUGCUGCACUCUGAGCGAGGCUGUCGUGUCCCACCUGCAAUGCUGCACUCCAGCGAGGCAUCGUCCUAAGGCUCCUGGGGGCUGCCUCUCUGUGAGGGUCAAGUCCCAGCUCUUAAGCCCCUGGGCGGAGGAUGCCCUUCCAUGGCCGCCCCUCCUUUCCCACAGGCUCUUAGGCCGCUCUGUCAGUCCACCUCCCAGGUCCUGAGACUGCAGCCCCCCAGCUGCGUCCCGAGGCCCGUUCCCUCAGUUGGGGCAGCACUUUGUGUUCGCUCCUCAGGGUCCUUCACAGUGGGGGUUUUUUUCUUCUUCUUUUUUUAAAGAUUUGGGGCCAGCACUAUGAUGUAGUAGGUAAAGCUGCCACCUGCCCAUGUGGGCACUGGUUCCAGUCCUGGCUGCUCCACUUCUGAUCCAGCUCUCUGCUGUGGCCUGGGAAAGCAGCAGAUGGCCCAAGUCAUUGAGCUCCUGCACCCACAUGGGAGACCUGGAAGAAGCACCCAGCUCCUGGCUUUGGAUUGGCGCAGCACCAGCCGUUGCGUACGCGCGUCUACUCUGACUGUGGCAUGAGGAGCUGAGGCCCAGGCUCCUUGACUCCUGCCUCAGUGCCCUUUGCUGCUCUGUACUACUGUGGGUGAACGCCCAGCCUACCUGCACCAGUCGUGACCGGGACUGUUCACCUAAGGAUGACAACUACAGUGACUUGAAGGCCUGGAGUUCAGUGACUGAGGCUUCCGCCAAUGACCCUAACUAGAAACUAGUCAUUGCCACUGUGCUGGCCAACGGCCAGGGCAGCCUCUGACCUCAAGGAGCUCAUAGUGUGGUGGAGUAAACCCUGGUUGGAGCACCCAGAGGCCAUUCUUGAAGCAGAAAUUCAGGGAUGGUGUGCAGGCCAGCUCCAGAGACGUCCAGGCCCUUGCCAACAGACAAGGAGCAAGACGGAGCUUGCCGUCACUGCGGCCAGGUGCACACUCGGUAGUGCCUAGAGGGGCCUGGGCUCGCUGCAGACCCUCAGCCGGCCUCGGGAGCUGCUCAGUCCCUUGCUUGAUGAGAAUCCAUUUUCUCUUCGGUGCUAACACUUUAGGGGAGUCAAAGGACUCAGCAAGCAUGGGCAUCACUGUGAAGUCAAAGGCUUCCCACAGAGGUGGCCUGGGGCAAAUCUGUGGAGGGGUGGGCGCCACAGACAGUGCAUCCAAGGCUGAGCCUGCAGUCAGACCGCUCGUGGAAGGGCAGGGAGAAGAAAACCGACACCUGUUGGGCGACUGUGCCAGGAGCUUUGUUCUCACUUCAUGCCCGUGCUGGCCCGGGGAGGUCUGACGGAGCCCUGUCAGGACAGCGCUGAGCUUCCCCCAGGUCUGAGCUCUGCCACACCAGGGAGUAGUGGCCAAGCAAAGGCUGGACCUCCGGAAGGGCCUCGCCACAGCUGCCUGUGCAUCCCGAACUGCUGCUGAGGAGCCGGAGCUGGGGUUCUGCCUCCGCCCCGCACCCCCAUGCCUUGCACGCUUUCUCUAGGAAAAGCUACUCCCUGAAAACUCGGGCCCGCAGACCAGCGUGGGGCUGCGCUGCUCAGGAAGCGGCACGUCAGAGGAAGGUCGCGGGCUGCACCCCACCCUUGAGAGCACUUCAUAGUGCCAGGACAGACACCGCGGAUCCUCUUUGGUUGCUCCUAGCUAACAGCCAGGGAGCUGGUUUCCAGGUCUUUGGCGAAUGGAGGCCUCAGGGCACCAAGACUCUGCAUCUGCAAGCUCCAGCCUGGGCCAAGGGCACAGCAGCCGCAGCAGCUGCUUCUCCGCUCACCGUCCGUCUGAGAACUCUGAACCCAGAUUCACUCACUCACUGGGAGUUGUCUGUUUUUGUUUAAUAUGUUGAUUUUAAUGCUUACUGGUACUUCUGCAUUAGCAGUGACUACAAAUAUCUUAUUAAAAGUCUCCACUUUAAAUGCACAA